AUGUAAAACAUUUUAUAAAAUCCACCCUGUAUCUAAUUUCUGCUUCGUCUACCAGCGAAAACCCCCAAAACCCUAAAAGAUGUUCUCCAAUAUCCGCCAUCUUCGCCGUUUUAUGUCAUCCAAGUCAUCAAUCUCAAUCUCUCAAGCCAAGUCCAAACUCCGUUCCGAGUAUGACCCUGAUAAAGCCUUGGAAAUCUAUUCCUCCGUUUCCAAACACUACUCCUCUCCUGUCUCCUCUCGCUACGCCCAAGAAUUAACUGUCCGCCGUCUCGCAAAAUCUCGACGUUUUCAAGACAUUGAAACCCUAGUCGAAUCCCACAAACAGGACCCCAAAAUAACCCAAGAACCCUAUUUAUCCACUUUAAUUCGCUCCUACGGUCAAGCUGGUAUGUUUGGCCACGCCAUGAGAACUUUUGAGCAGAUGGAACAACUGGGUACACCCAGAACGGUAAUUUCCUUCAAUGCAUUAUUAUUUGCUUGUAAUCAGUCCAAAAUGUUUGAUAAAUUGCCUGUUUUGUUCGAUGAGAUCCCGAGAAAAUAUAAUUUUUUGCCUGAUAAGGUGUCUCAUGGGAUUUUGGUAAAAUCGUAUUGUGAAGCUGGUUUUCCUGAUAAAGCAUUAGAAUUAUUGCAAGAAUUGGAAAAUAAAGAUGUAGAAGUUACUACUGUUACUUAUACUACAGUAUUGAAUGCCUUGUAUAAGCAAGGCAAGAGUGAAGAAGCCGAAAGAUUAUGGAGUGAGAUGGUGACCAAGGGCUGUGAAUUGGAUGUUGCAGCUUAUAAUGUGAGAAUGAUGAACGUACAUGGUGGUGAUCCUGAAAAGGUGAAAGAGUUGAUUGAUGAGAUGAGCAAUGUAGGAUUGAAACCGGAUACAAUUUGUUACAAUUUUUUGAUGACUUGUUACUGUAAAAAUGGGAUGAUGGAGGAAGCUAAGAAGGUUUAUAAGGGACUGGAGAGGAAUGGAUGUAAGCCGAAUGCUGCAACUUUUAGGACUUUGCUAUAUUAUUUGUGUAGAAGUGAGGAUUAUGAGAGGGGAUAUAAGGUGUUUAAGGAGAGUGUGAAAAUGCACAAGAUUCCAGAUUUCAAUACCGUGAAGCUUUUAGUGGAAGGGUUGGUGAAGAAAAAAAAGAUGAAGAAGGAGGCCAAGGGUAUUAUUCGAACGAUUAAGAAGAAGUUCCCUCCCAAUGUAUUGAGAGGGUGGCAGAAGUUUGAAGAGGAUCUUGGGUUGGUUUCUGCUGGUAGUGUCCCAGGGGAUCAAGAGGCUACUAAAUAAGGAUCAAUGGGAUUGUUGUUAUAGAGAGAUUCGAGUUAGAUGUAUUCAAUUUAAUUGAAUGGUGAAUUUUGAUUAAACAUACUAAUUGAAUUUAUAGAUCAGUGUGGAAUCUAACAUAGGGCCUUGAGUGAAGCUAUUUUGAGAUUCAUAAGCUUAACUCAUCUAAGCCUAUGGUUUGAGAUGUCAAUUUAAAUUUUGAAAGUCUUAAUGUAACUUCUAUAACUUUUUGCCAUUGAAUUUGUUUUUUAUUAUGCUUUUGUAAUUCUUCUCUUCAGUUAUGAUUCUAAUAGAGAAUUGCCAAUGCCACUUUCUUUGC